AUGAAAUCAACUACCUCAAAGACUUCAGGCUAUUCUAUGAAAGAACUUAAAAGAUCAUCUAAAUCAUUUGAAGCUAUUCAACAAGCAGUCUUAUUAGGUAUUCUUAAUAUUAAUGGUUUUGGGUUUAGAAUUAAACGUCCAGAAAGAAGGUCUCAAAAGACAUUACAAUUAAUGUUAAUUGAAGCAUUAACUAAAGAAAAUACUUUAAUUCAAUUUGAACAUGAAAUUGAUAAGAAAUGUACUGAUUUAGUUUCUAAAGAAUUACAAGAAUGUGGAUAUACAGAUCUUCGUCCUGAUGAUAUUGAUACGAUUUCUUCUCUUCCAAAUGAAAAACAUGAUUUAGAAAAAUUAAAACAAAUAAAACGACAUCGGGAUGCCAAUCGUUCUUCUUUGUCAUUUGCUGAACUUUUACAAAUGUGUGAAAAAAUAGGAUAUGUAUUUAAAAAAAGACCAACUAAACCAGCUAAAUUAACUGUAAAAAUGUCAAAAAUUUGUUCUGUUUCUGGUUGUGUUUCUCUCGGACUUUCUGAAAUUAAUGAAAUUGGAGAAGCAAUUAAUCGUAAUGUUUUUGAAAGGUUUGAAAAGUCAAGUAGUUCUGUUGAUGUUGGUGCUUAUGAUGAAGCUAUUAGUAUUAUUUGGAAAAAUGCAACAGAAAAAAUUGUUAAUAGAAAUUCUGUUGUUUCUGAACCAAUUCCAAAUGUUAAAGAAGAACCAUUUAUUAUUACUGAACCUUCUCUUGGUGCAAUGUCUAAUCUUACUGAAUUUAGUACAUCAUAUUAUCCUGAAGGAAGUGUUAUUUCAGCACAACCACCUGAUACAUCAAAUUUAUCAUAUGUACAUUAUUAUUCUACUCCAUUAGAAGGAAUAAAUCAACAACCAGUUUUUAUGCAAACAAAUACUGGCAUGGCUCAACAACAAGUUCUUUAUUUAAACGAUGAUAUGCAAACUUAUGUUUCAACAGAACCAAAUCAAUUUACUAUUCAACAACAACAACAACCUUUUCAAUAUAAUCAAAAUAUGACUGUCCCUAUAUUAGAUCAACAACAUAAUCAACAACCUCCAGUACUUUUUACUAUUUAUAAUCAAAACUCAAACCAAAUAUUUGGAAAUGAUGAAUGUUUUAUUAACCAAUCCCUUCCUCCAAAUGGUGGUUUUUUUGCUAACUGA